AUGACUCUUUCUUUCUUUUUUUUUACCUGUGACUAUUUUUCUUUCUUUCUUUCUUUCUUUCUUUCUUUCUUUCUUUCUUUCUUUCUUUCACCUGUGACUAUUUCUGUCUUUCUUUCUUUUUUACCUGACUAUUUCUUUUUUCUUUCUUUCUUUCUUUCUUUCUUUCUUUCUACCUGUGACUAUUUCUUUCUUUCUUUCUUUCUUUCUUUCUUUCUUUCUUUCUUUUUUUUACCUGUGACUAUUUCUUUCUUUCUUUUUUUUUUAACCGUGACUAUUUCUUUCUUUCUUUCUUUCUUUCUUUCUUUCUUUCUUUCUUUCUUUUUUACCUGUGUAUUUCUUUCUUUCUUUCUUUUUUUUUUAACCCGAUCGCAAUCGAAGGUUCACAAAAUGACUGAACAAAAACUCGUCACUAUUACCAACAGUUGGCAGCCAACAAUGGACAUGGAACACAUUGUUUCUGUUUUCCUUGGGCCAGAAGACGACCGAUAUUUGCACAAAAAAAGUGAGGUUUCCCUUGGCCACACGGACGAGCUAUGUUUGGAGAACUCUCCGGGCAGCAGCGACAACUGUUUUUUAGAAUUUGUCUGUUCACUCGGGACUGGCUUGUGUGAGAUUUGUGUGCAAGCCAAUAUCUCCAUAAUGGAGGUGUUUGAGAAUGUCGAAGGUUAUCUGUUUACGGUGAAGGGUCAGUCGGCAUCCGAUGACUUCAUGACCUGCCAGUUGAAGUUUGAAAGACCACGAAGUCAUAUCUCCAUCAAGUGUUUGGGUCAGCUAAGCAGUAUUAAAAUGAAUCGUAUUUUACUGAGAGUGGAAACUGUGCCUAUACCUGUUGGAUGUCAGGGGUCACUGAAUAUUCCCAAACUACGGUCGAUAAUCGCUGAUCUGAAUCCAGAAACUUCAGAGAGGGCAAGUUCAAUUUUGGAUAAUAUUGAAACUUACCAAAAGAACCACCAAACGCCAAUUGUAGACAUGAAUUGCCUGUUAGCAGCUGCACAAAGAUCGACAUCUUCAGGAAGCAACAUUGCAGAACUUCUUUCGUCGAUUGGAAACAAGGACAGUAAUGUUAAUAAUAACGAAAUGUACUCGACCCUUCAAGGAAUUUGUGGCCAUGUGACUAAUUUGCGACCUGGACCUGGUGGCACUAAUUUGAAUCCCUUAGUCUCUCCUGAAUCUAUGGAUUCAAUGGUGAAAGAACAAAUUUCUCAAGCUGAGUCUCGGAUUCUGGAAACUGUUGAUGAGCGCUUGCAACAAAUGGAAAACCGAUUAGCCAGUAAGCUGGAUGUGCUACUGUCUUCUCUUAGUACCGUUCAGGUGUCCGACUCCAAGUCUGAGUGA